CGGCCAGUGUGAUAAUAAAAAAUAAAUAAUAAACAAAUGACACCACAGCACCCUGUAUUCUGCUAUAAUUCGUCUUGAGAAGAAAUACAACCUGAAGAUACCACUAUCCCUAAAUCUGAAAGGGGUUUAUUAUCACUCCCCAAAACACAAGAGUCCUAUGAGGUACUACAGGUGAACAAACUCGGAUCACUUGUCCUAACAGAACUAAAAUCCAUAAUAUGGGUAACAAAAUGCAUACUAAUGUGCUAUCCACUAGACGCCUCUCAAUGCAAUCAAUCCACAAAUAGGAGUGACGUGAAGCCAUCAUUGGCUGUCCACUUGAAGAUUUCAGUAAACAGCUGCAUAUCCAGUUACUGAUUGGUGUUACAACAUUAUUAAUGUCCCAAAAAUGUUUAUGAAACGAAAUAUUUUGGUUGUGUUUCAACCAGUGGGAUUUCUCAGCAGGACCUGUGUUCAAUAUACGUUUGUUCCAAAACACACACCCUGCCAGGACUGGGCACUAAAUCAGAUGCAAGAGUUUAUUGAUAGUACUAGCAAGCUGUUUGUGCUUACUGGGGCAGGUAUUUCAACCGAGAGCGGCAUUCCAGACUACCGUUCAGAAGGUGUGGGUUUAUACGCUACUAGUACCAGAAGGCCGGUGCAGUAUGUGCACUUCAUGAGAUCAAGCAAAGCUCGGCAGAGCUACUGGGCCAGAAAUUACAUAGGCUGGCCAUGCUUUUCAUCUUUUAAACCAAAUAUCUCACACCUGACCCUGGCAGAGUGGGAAAGAAGAGGAAAGGUUCACUGCAUAGUAACCCAAAAUGUUGAUAAUUUACAUCAAAAGGCUGGAAGUCGCAGGGUCCACGAACUUCAUGGUACAGCAUUCAGUGUGAUAUGCACAACCUGCAGCCAGACGGUAACCCGUCACAGCUUCCAAACUAGAUUAAGAGAAGAUAACCAACACAUGUCAGCCCACUCUCUGGAAAUACGACCUGAUGGAGAUGUUGAACUCACUGAGGAAGAAGUAAAUAACUUUAAAGUGCCAUCAUGUGAGCAGUGUGGAGGAAUUCUGAAGCCCGAUAUUGUCUUCUUCGGAGAUAAUGUCCCGAUUAGUCGUGUCAACAAAGUUCGGCAAGAAUUGGCUAGCUGUGAUGGUCUGUUAAUACUGGGAUCUUCAUUGUUUGUUUACUCUGGCUACAGGUUUAUCCUUCAAGCAGCAGAGUCAGGAAUACGCAUGAGUGCCAUCAACAUUGGUCCAACGCGGUCUGACAAGCAUCUGUCAUUUCGUGUUGAUGCUCGCUGUGGGGAAGUGUUGCCUCGGCUCUCUCUAUGAUAACUGAGCUAUGAAAGUUAAGAAGCAAAAUUGUAUCGAGUUUUCUAACAAUACAUUUGCAUGUACAAACCACAUAUGAAUGACAAGAAGUGUAUUUUCCAGUCAUUCUUUGUAGUUGACAUAGUACUGUUAGGAGAUGUGGAAGAAAUACUACAGAAUGGUGAAUGUAUCAUCAAAGUGGUCCAUGAAAUGUUGAGGUAAAUUACAGAAUAAAUGAGAAGGAAAAUUACAAAUGUUUUCCUAAAUCUGUGAAGAGAUGAAGAGAUACAGGUUUACCAGUUUAUGCAAAACUGCAUAAGAUAUUCAGGUACUGUGAUGAGAAUGUUUUUUGUAUGGAUGUGAAGCAUGGUCAUUGUUACAGUGGAGUCUAUUGAUGACUCUGUACCUCAACAUUGUUAGUCCAUAUAGGAACACUUAUAGUACCAUAGUAUGUCGACCUACUUACUGAAGUUAAAGCUGCAUUCUUGCCAUGGAUAAUGUGUCAUAAACAUCUUUAAGCCUUUUUCACCAUACUUGAAAUCCUCAGACACGUUUCUCAGGUGAAUAUAGAACUACUGUGUUUCAGCAGAGUCAUUCAUUGUAUCUCCCAACUCGGCUCACUGUUCUUCAAGUUGCAUUAAGUGUGUAUGAACAUAUAUACUUUUUCAGUAACAAGAGUGCCGAAUGACUUUAUAGAUCUGGUGGUACAGCUGAAAGUGGAGCAUAGAGGUCUCUUUUACCAAGGUUUUACUCUCUUCAUGCAUGUCACCCUGCCUCGGUGGGAGAUGACCAGUGUGUUAAAAAAUUGUAUACAUACAUAUGUCCAUGGGGAAGUGGAGAAGAAGCCUUCCUCUGUAGGCCAUGUGUGCCAUAAGAGGCAACUAAAAUGCCAGGAGCAAGAGGCUGGUAACCCCUUCUGUAUAAAUUACCAAAUUUAAAGAGAGAGACUUUCGUUUUUCUUUUUAGGUUACCCUGCCUCAGUGGGAUACAACCGGUGUCUUAAGAAUAUAUCUAUGUAUAUAACUUUUUUUUCAACAUGACAGCCAUCUCCCACUGAGGCUGGGUGACCUAAAAAGAAAAACAAAAGUUUCGCUUUUUAAAUUUAAUAAUGUAUGCAAGAGAAGGGGUUACUAGCCCCUUGCUCCCAGUAUUUUAGUCACCUCUUAUGACAAGCAUGGCUUACAGAGGAAGAACUCUUUUCCACUUCCCCAUGGAGGUAAGAGGUACUAAUGAACAAGAACUAUUAAGAAAACAGAAGAAAACCCAGAGAGGGGUGUAUAUACAUGUAUAUGCAUGUACAUGCAUGUGUAGUGUGACCUAAGUGUUAGUAGAAGUAGCCAGAUAUACCCGUUAUCCCACAUGUUCAAGAGACAGAAGGACACCAACAAUCCUACCAUCAUGUAAAAUAAUUACAGGUUUCCAUUUCACACUCACCUGGCAGGAUGGUAGUACCUCCCUGAGUGGUACUAUUUAUACACUAUACUAUACACUAUAUAUUAUACUAUACACUGUAUAAUGAUUAUACACUAUAUAAUGGUUAUAUAUUAUCUAAUCCUAGGUAGUAGGUUGGUAGACAGCAAAAAAUUAUGCUUCCAACAGGCUGUCACACUCCUCUAAACAGGCAUAGUUGGGGCCUCUAACCCUUCUUGGACAAUUCCUGUAUCCAUUCUGCCUGCCUGAAAGCUGGAGACCAGACAAAAGGGAAACCAUCUUAAAAAGUCUCUUAAAAGUGGUCUUAACACUCACAGUUACUCCAGUAAAUUUUUAGGUAACCAGCUAAAAGUUUUAGGGGCUUGAGCACUCAGGAAGCGUGUGUGGAAGUUUUAUAUAGGAAUGCACAGAGACAGGUGGUUUUUUUAAUGGACAUCCUGUUGGCGAAUGAGCCAGGUAACUUUUGUGAAAGGAUUCAGGGAAACUGGUUAGUCAGACUUGAGUCCUGGAGAUGGGAAGGGCAGUCUUUACACACUGAAGGAGUUGGGGGAUAUUAAAGUCAGAGGAUACUGAUUGCUGUCAGCACACUUCUGGAAAGACAUCAGUCAAAUGGAUUUUGGCGAAUGUGUUUUCUUCUUAGGAUCCCCUUACUUUUGCAGGAGACAGCUGUUGAGCUAAAAGAAAAAAAAUAAGAACUGCUCCAUUCUAGGUUAGUAAAGCCUGAAGGCUAUGAUUGUAUGUACCUUAUUAUUCUUAUUAUCCUGUUAUAUGAUUAUUAUUAAUCAUUAUUAGUAGUAGUAGUCUUGUACUGCAUUUUAUUAAAAAAGUGCUAAACCAGUGUGGAUCAUAUAGUGCUUUCAUGAUAAAAAUGUAUUUUGGAAGCCUAUUUAAGAUUUGAGAAAAGAGGCUUGUUUUCAUUCCAGACAAAUGUGUUGUGUAGUAAACUGAGCUGGAAAAAUGUAUUGACACCUAAAUAUGAAUUGAUCCCAGUCCAGACGAGGUGAUGGUGGUACUGCAAUUGUAGAAGUAAGGAGACUCUAGCCUCGGGAAUCUUCAGUUGUUUUGUUAGGUGACUAUAUGGAUUUUGGUCUUUGUAAAUACUGUAGCAAUCUUUCAAGACAUGAUAAAUUGGUCUUCACUUUUGUGAUAGUGAAAUAGUAUGGUUUUCAUAUUUUGUUGCUCUUGAUGCAGAGAAUUGAUCCAAGUUGGUUACCUUCCAUUUCCCAAGUACUGCCUGACAAAUAUAGGUCAAAUACUUCCUAAUAAAACACGUUUUUAACAUCUGGCCAUCUCCCAACACUUUAGGAUGACACAGAAUAAAGGAAAUAUUAUUCAUUCAAUAAG